AAUUGUUCCUGUUGAUGCGUAGGUCCUCUUCUGGUUCGGACUUCUUGAGGCUUUAGAAGCUCCUACGUGAAACUGUCUACCUCCCGGGAGAAACAGUGCCUGCUUCUGCAAGACAACUCUGCACUGCUAUGGAUACCGAAUCCACAUACUCUGGGUAUUCAUACUAUUCAAGCCAUUCAAAAAAAUCUCACAGACAAGGGGAGAGAACUAGAGAGAGACAUAAAUCACCCCGGAAUAAAGAUGGCAGGGGGUCAGAAAAAUCUGUCACCAUUCAAGCUCCCACUGGAGAGCCCCUGUUGGCAAAUGAUUCCACUAGGACUGAGGAGGUUCAGGAUGACAACUGGGGAGAGACCACCACAGCCAUCACAGGCACCUCAGAGCACAGCAUAUCCCAGGAGGACAUUGCCAGGAUCAGCAAGGACAUGGAGGACAGCGUGGGGCUGGAUUGCAAACGCUACUUGGGCCUCACCGUCGCCUCCUUCCUUGGACUUCUAGUUUUUCUCACCCCCAUUGCCUUCAUCCUGUUGCCCCCAAUCCUGUGGAGGGAUGAGCUGGAGCCUUGUGGCACAAUUUGUGAGGGACUUUUUAUUUCUGUGUCAUUUAAACUGCUCAUUCUGCUCAUUGGGACGUGGGCACUUUUCUUCCGGAAGCAGAGAGCAGACAUGCCACGGGUGUUUGUGUUCCGUGCCGUUUUAUUGGUCCUCAUCUUUCUUUUCGUGGUUUCCUAUUGGCUGUUUUAUGGAGUGCGCAUUUUGGACUCUCGGGACCGAAAUUACCAGGGCAUUGUGCAAUAUGCAGUCUCCCUCGUGGACGCCCUCCUCUUCAUCCACUACCUGGCCAUCGUCCUGCUGGAACUCAGGCAGCUGCAACCCAUGUUCACGCUGCAGGUGGUGCGCUCCACGGACGGGGAGUCCCGCUUCUACAGCUUGGGACACCUGAGUAUCCAGAGAGCAGCUUUGGUGGUUCUGGAAAAUUACUACAAAGAUUUCACCAUCUAUAACCCAAACCUCCUAACAGCUUCCAAAUUCCGAGCAGCCAAACACAUGGCCGGGCUGAAAGUGUACAACGUAGAUGGCCCCAGUAACAACGCCACUGGUCAGUCCCGGGCUAUGAUCGCUGCAGCCGCCAGGCGCAGGGACUCGAGCCACAACGAGCUGUAUUAUGAAGAGGCUGAGCACGAGCGUCGGAUAAAGAAGCGGAGGGCAAGGCUAGUGGUGGCAGUGGAAGAGGCGUUCAUCCACAUCCAGCGUCUCCAGGCCGAGGAGCAGCAGAAAGCCCCAGGGGAGGUGAUGGACCCCAGGGAGGCAGCGCAGGCCAUCUUCCCCUCCAUGGCCAGGGCGCUGCAGAAGUACCUGCGAACCACUCGGCAGCAGCACUACCACAGCAUGGAGAGCAUCCUGCAGCAUCUGGCCUUCUGCAUCACCAACAGCAUGACCCCCAAGGCCUUCCUAGAGCGAUACCUCCGUGCGGGCCCCACCUUGCAGUAUGACAAGGAUCGCUGGCUGUCUACGCAGUGGAGACUUAUUAGUGACGAGGCCGUGACUAAUGGGUUACAGGAUGGAACUGUUUUCGUCCUUAAAUGCUUGGACUUCAGCCUCAUUGUCACUGUGAAGAAAAUUCCAUUCAUCAUACUCUCUGAAGAGUUUAUAGACCCCAAGUCUCACAAGUUUGUCCUUCGCUUACAGUCUGAGACAUCCGUUUAAAAGUUCUAUAUUUGAGGCUUUAUAUAAAAAAAGAAUAUAUAGAGAGAUAUAUAUGUCCAGAGGGGUGUCUUUUUUAAAAAAUUUUUUAUUCUUCAUUGCUGACUGAAGCUGGCAGAUGACAGACCAGUAUCCUUUGACCAUCUGCACUUUAUUUGGAAGGAAGCAGGGGAUGUCCGCCUUGACGAGAAGUGACUGGUGGCAUCUGACUUUCUUAGAUGGGACUCCUGGAGAAGCCGACGCUACAAACCAAAGUGGAGCUGCUGUGUCCUUGGGAGCUGCGCCUUACAACUCAUCCCUGACUCCCAGCCAGUCCCACAUCCCCACUGCUUCUGGUCAACCACCUCGAGGGUUCUAGGGGACCCAUUCUCUCUUCUGCUUCGGGAACCCAGACACCGCACCUCUACAUGUGUGCGUGUGUCGUUGUCUGCAUAACCACAUGAUCCGUGGGAGUUGGAGCUGUUCAGGAGAUGCCUGCCUUCGUCUUUGUUCUUUGUUGCCUUAGUUUCCUCAGAGAAAGAGCCUAACCAAAAAUGCACACUGUCAGAUUACAGCUGUUGCGUGAUUCACUUUUAUUUUUUCCCAAAGAAAAGCCUACCUGCCGUGUUUCUGAUCCUAUUCUGCUUCUAGCCCUGGGAUUUCCCACCAUGGCUCCACUCCAUUCCACCUACCCUAGCAGUCAUGCCAUAGGCCCUUUGCAGUCUCUGCACCAUCCAUCCCAGAUUGUUCCAUGGGGAAGUGUGGCAUGGCCUACCAGGUAAAAGACGGGAGAGUCAGCCACUGGAAUGCCUCUUCUAGGCUAUAGCCAAAGCUUACCCUACCUAAUCCUCCUCCCCCUGCUCCACACCAACUAGGGGAGACUAACACUGUGACCCUGGGGUUGGCAGGUACCUCUUGGAGUCACCUGAUUUCCCAAGGAGGUGAGUUCUCACGAAGCUUAUACCAAGCUGCCCUGCUGAGGGAGACCAAACAGUGCCGACCAACUGGCAGCUGCUGCUGUCCAGCCCUGUGUUUUCUGACCACUGUCACUGUGCACCUUAUCAGCUCAGCCACUUAUUACCAGGGCCUUGCAUGAGUCCUGCCACGCUUUUAGUCCCUGGUGAAGUGAAGGAGAGUGGGUGCUAUAGCGUUGGGAGACCGGAGAGGAGGGAGCCAACCUGCUGGGCUGGAGUGGUUCAUGCGCCAUCUGUCUUAUUCUGGAGCUGGUCUUGGAGGCGCUUCCAGCUGUCCUGCUGUAGAGAGCAGCCCCCUGGCAGAGCCCGGCUGCAGAGACGCGCCUCAGGAGCUGCAUCCUGCACCUUGCAGUGGAUAAUCUUUGCCUCUGUUUGCCCUUCUGUAUCUUCAGUAAACCUUUAAAAGUGUUCCCCCUUCCCUUUCUCAGACUUCAUGAUAGUCACCUUGCUUCAGGAUGACGCUGUGAAAUGCUCUUUGUGUGUGUGAAGCAUUGUUGUCUUAUGCAUUCCAUACAAUACCUUGUGUAUCGUUUUAAAAAUCACAGUUGGCUUUGAAUGUUUUAGUACACCUGUACCUGAAAAAGUAAGCAUUGUUCUCAGAUCAGCAGCCUUCAGCUGGAAAAGUUGCGUUGGAGAAGAAGGGAAGGGAAAUCCAAAGUGUGGCGUGGAGCCAAGUUGUACUCUGUCGUGACAUGGUUCUGUUUAUGAAAAACACAUACCAUGUAACCAUGGUGCUUCGUUCUUAGAUUUUGCCUCUAGCUCCUUUCUGACUGGAAGUUCCUUAUGAUGUCUUUCUCAGGAAGUAUUUUGGAAGAUAGGGUAAGGGGUGGUAAGUGUGUGUGAAACUUCGGCUGUGUAAAGUGGCUGAUGUCCAGACCAGCUGCUGAAUACAGUGCCAUUGGAAGUGCCGUGCGUGUAAGACAGAACUAAUAACAACGUUGUUCAUCAGCAUUGGAAAAUACUGUGCUUCCCACCCUAUCUUUAAUUGCCAGGCAAGAAGGGUUAAGUUAGAUUCAUUCACUAUUGCUUGUGCAUUCCCAGCAGGGUGAAGACAGGUUUAAAUUAAGGAACUUAUUUUCUCUCUUUUUCUCUGACUUUUUGCAUAGGAGAAUGUCAGGCUUUCUGAAAUUACUUUCUUUUUAAAUUGAAUAUUGAUUUUUUACACUAACUUUGUACUGCGUUCUUUCUGAAAGAAUAACAAAAUCAAAUGCAGAAUCUUUUUAAGCCUUUGCACUUUCAACCUCUAAAUAGUUCGAGUUACUGGUGCAGUGGGAACCAGGUAAAUGGCAUUAAAAAAAAGUAAGGUUUCAGAAAGCUGAAUCACACAAUUGAACACAGUAAAUUUUUAUUUCAGUUCUUGGAACCAGUAGGCUAUUCCUUUUAAAGAGGGUAAACUGUACCCUAAGGCAAGUAGAGUAUGUGUUCCUAGUAGAGGAGACAAGAUUUCUUUUACCUUAAAUGUUUAUAGAUUUUUCUAUAGCUUUCAACUUAAGUUAUUAAAAUUCUAACAUUAACUGUGAAAGAACUUCAUGAGGAGUGUAGGUCUGCGAUUGCUGUCUUCCCGGGUGGUGUUUUAACCAGUAGAUAAUGUUUGUUCAUAAGUGUGUGCUUGUAAAACUAUGGCAGUUUUUUAAUAGAAUAUGAACUGAAUGUUUUAAAAAGUGUAUUCUGGGAGUAGGAAGAGAGUUUAAGGUUAUGUAGUUCAUCCAUCCUCUACAUUAUCCAUUAAGUCAAAAUCCAUAGUCCUUGUGUUAAGGUUCAGAAAGUAAGCCCUAGAGGAUGCUCAACCACCAACUUUUUUUUGCCCAGCUAUUAUUACAUCACUUUCUUCCUCUGCCCUUCCCCCUUGAGGUCUACAAAAAGGACAAACUCUUUUCAACAGAAGAUGAAAGGUAGAUGGCUCUGGUGUGUGUGCCACAUUGCACUUCAUUGCUGGAGUUUGGGACUCCCUUUUAAUGAGGGGGACUGGCUGUGAUAGUGUGUUGGAGAGGGAAGGCAUGCCUGCCCCCUCCGUGAGUCUGUGGCGGCUUUCAGUUCUCUUGUUUAGCAUCUCCGUGUGUCAAGUGUGUGUAUUUAUAAAAUGGCUGUAGCUCUGUAGGAUGCCUCCAGCAUAGUGGACUAACAAAAAUGGAUUACCUGCCCCACCGCAUUACCAGCCAUGGGCUGAGUGAGUGUUCAGCCACCCAGUGAAACCAGCGAAAUCAGCUCCCUUCUUCCUGGUCCCUGCCAGGGAAGGCUCCCAGCAUGAGGGUGCGUAUUUGAGUGCGGAUGUUUGUGUCUACACACGUGAGCAUUUUUCUGAGUGUGUAUUACCAGAUAGACGGCACUUUGCAUGUCGGCCGUCUUUGCAUCCCUAUUACCUGUGGCAGAGAGGUGUGUGUCUCAGCAGAUGCUUGUGAAUGUGUAUAAGGCUGUGGUGAAGAUAUGUGUGUUUCUACAUAUGCCUUGUGUUUGAGGGAUUUCCUGAUAGCUCCUGUCUUGGAAGGCAAUUCUUAAAGCCAGUUUCUUCUCCCUCCCUUACUGUACCCCUUUCCCUGAGUUAUGCGGGCUUCUUACCCAGGAGUAACGGGCUUUAGCUCACCAGUGUCUCUUGGAGGCCUGCUGUCUUACAUCAGUGUCCAUUCUAUCCUGUCUUGCUUUAGAACCCUGUGACCCAGAACAGCAAGAAACAAACAAAGGUCAAUCAAGCUCUAUGAGAAUUACUGGUCAAACUUUACUACCCUGGAAGCCUUACUAUAUACCUUAAUAUAACUUAGAUAAAAAGAAAAAGACAACCAAUGAUUGGUUGCUAAAAAGCACAGAAAUGUUAACAUAUUUAUUUAACUAGCUCUGCAGCAGAGACAGACUUGAUUGUAAAGUGUUGUAUUUCUGGGUAGUGUUUGUGCUUUAUGGAUCUUGUUACAUACAAAAAAAUCACUACUGUGAAUUUAUUACUAUGUAACUUUGUCAUAUUCCAUUAUAAAUAAAACACAGAUUGUUAA